AUGUAUCACCUCAAAAGAUCAUCUGAUUUUCCCAGCAUUUUGCUUUCAAUUAAUGAUUUUGUACGGUUACUAGUAGAACUCAAAGCAGAUGAUUCUCACCCCGUACACCGAGCUAUUGUGUUGAGCCCUAUGUUUCACCUCCCUUCACCCAAAUUUUCUUGGGGUAACAUGACAUUAAUUGGUUCUUGCAAUGGAUUUCUAUGUUUGUUGAAUGGUAGGAGAUAUGACGUAGACCAUAGAAUUUACAUUAGCAAUCCUAUUUUAGGCGAGUAUUUCGAGGUUAAAUUGCCCGAAUGGGAUAAAAGGAUUCGAUGUGUUUCUUAUGCAUUCUGCUUUAGUAAAGCCUCCGGUCAGUUUAAAGUAUUGAGAUCAGUAGUUAGAAAGUCUGUUGGAAGUCCAAAAGUAUCUGAAUUGGAGGUUUUUACUCUAGGAGCUAAUGAGAAAUGGAAAAAUGUGGGCAAGGCUCCAGAACCUCUAUGUGGAUUAUUUAGUAAGGUUAACAUCAAUGGUGUUAUUCAUUGGAUGGGUUGCAAAAAUAAUGACAACAUUUACUCAUUUAACAGUUUUACUGAAGAGGUGCAGUCCUUGUCACCUCCGCGUGGUCUGCAAACCCCAUUGUUGGGCUUGACGCUAGGGGAGUUGGGGAAUUGUUUGUGUUUGUCUGAUGAUAAUCAUAAUCAGUAUAUUGAUAUAUGUUGGAUGAAAGAAUAUGGAAUAGCUGAAUCUUGGACUAAACAACGCAUUUUGAAGGAUAGUAUUCAAGCAGAUAUCCGUGGUGAUAAAUUUAUACCAAUCUUACUUUGGAAAGAUGGAGAAAUCUUGAUGCAAAGAGAUCAUGGCACACAACUUGUUUCUUACAACCCAAAAGAAAAUAAGUUUACGAAGGUGAAAGUGUACGGUGGCACUGGAGCAACUAGCUACACUCCAAGUUUUUACUCACUCAAGACUGUCAUUGGGGAAUGUUUUCAAGUCUCAUAUGCCUUUCCGAAGAUUGAGCUAGUUUAG